AUGACUAUCCCUAUAUAUUUUGUUUGUUUUCCAUACACAUUAUAUGUUUCCCCUACUUCUUUAUUGUUUUAUGUAGUCAAAUCCGUUCUACAAACACAUAUCAAUUCAAUCAAUAAAUCUCCAACCACUUGUAUAUUGAAUAAACCAUUAUCUAUUCCAUGUAGCACAGAUGCUAAUCAUUUGGAUGAUGUAAUAGCUCAUGUUGUAUCAGAUGCUGUAGCCUAUGCGGAUAAAUCCAAUCUCAAUGUUAUUAGAACUCAAUCUUCAAAUAAUCAAUUAAUUACUGCACAAUCUUUCGAUUCGAUACCAAUUUGUUCAGCGUUUGUUCAUCACACUUCAUCAAAUAUUGAAUGGUCUAAUUCUAAUCGCCUUAUUAUUAAUAGCGAAAGUGGUACACCGUUUCGUACUCCUAAUCCAGAUGAUCAACAGCCUUCUUAUAUAUCAGACUCUUACUUUAGAAAUGUACCAGUUUCUUUAUCGAAUAGCCCAGUGGAUAGUAAAGAUCAAACAACAGGACAGUUAGUAUUAUUUCCUUCUCACUCUGAACCAAUGAGGUUAACUGAAUCUCAAAUACUAGUACAGCAACAACAACAAUCCUUAUCUCAAUCCCAACUUUAUUAUCAACUAACUCGAAUCUCAGAUACAACAUCAAAUAAUUCCAAUUCAACAGUGUUGUUAUCAUCAAAUUCUGCUGCACAUUCAUACAUUAUGUGUUUUAUAAACAACUUUCUUCCUUUUGGAGUUCUCCUGGUCACAACAUUGAAAAAUUCUGUUCAGAUACAGAGGGAUCUCUUCCUUCAAAUGAAACGUUAUCUUACAAAAGCUGUUACAGAACAACCUGGUGAAGAAUCUUAUCAAAAACAAUCAAUAAAUUUAGUAUUAUUUUUCGAAUAUUUCAUGUGGACUUGUAAAUAUUUCAGUUUAAGAAACUGA